GUGUUACGUUCCAAUCUCUCCAUUUAUCCUGCAAACACCCAAGCACAUUUUUCUUCUUAAAAAAACUAAUCCCCUGUCUUCUUUCAUCUUUUUCUGGUGGCUUGAUUAGUACAUAUCUCGACAAUCCGCGGUGGACAAAUACUUCGAGCAAAGAAAAAGGAUUCCCCUCGGGCCGAGAAAUCAUCUUGAUCUAGCAAAUGGGUCUUGCUGCACCCCGAAAGAAAUCCAAGAUCUCACACGAUCCUAACAAUACAAAUUGGUCGCGCUCAACAACUGGCUUCGGGCACAAGAUUCUCAGUUCUCAGGGAUGGACCCCGGGUAGCUUUCUAGGUGCACGAAAUGCUGCACAUGCUGAGUUAUUCACCACAGCAAGCGCGUCUCAUAUCCGCGUAACUAUCAAAGAUGAUACACUUGGCCUUGGUGCGCGACCGAGGCGGGACGUACUAGGCGAACCCACUGGCCUUGAUGCGUUUAGAGGCUUGCUGGGACGCUUAAAUGGCAAGUCAGAUGCAGAACUGGGGAUUGAGGAGAAGAGGCGCGAGAAUGCCAAGUUGGCUCGAUAUGCGGCCAGCAGAUGGCAGGCAGUUAACUUCAUUAGUGGUGGAUAUCUGGUCCAGGAAAAGGCUGAUGUCAGCGAAUCUGAUGAACCCGCUCAAAUCGAGUCAGACACUGAGAGCCGCAGGACUAAUAAGAGUGCUACUGAGGUCCAGAGAGGACCUGAAAGUCCCGAUUAUGUGGACCCUAAGGCAAGUCCUAUCAGUACUCAAAGUCAAAAUAUUGGCAGUUGUGGAAGGCAACUCUCAGACAACCAGGCCUCCUGUAAGAAAAAGUCCAAGAAAAGGAAGAACAAAGAAAGGCAAGAAGAUAGCGGUUUCGAACACACAAAGACAGACACAUCGGAUCAAAGAGACGAGUCCAAUUGUGUUUCCCCUACAGAAAUGCCUGCAUCGACUUCAAAGUCUCUGCCAUCAAGGGAACGCCGUCCGAUGGGCAGGCAUGUUUUCAGAAGCCGUCACAUUGCACAGAAAAAGAGAGCUCUCCUCGACGAGAAAUCGUUGAAUGAGGUAAGAACGUUGCGUUUUCACAUGGUCACUUAUGCUUACUGAUUUGAUCUCAGAUAUUUAUGGUCAAGUCAUAAUACCCUGUCUCUUGGCUCGUGUCGUGUAGAGGCUAGCCUAGACUUUCUCCCACUACUCAAAUACCCAAUGUGAUUAUAUUUAUACACGCUUGUUAUUAUCAUGCCGAGCACAUGACCAAGUCUGAUCUUCCAUCGAGUUCCGCUACAACACAUUUUCAUAAUGGCCGUCUGUUCCUAUCAUGAUGAUGCUACUUAGUGUAGCUCUAGAGGAGAUUUGGGUUGGCAGUAUAUGGACUUCCGUUCGGACUGGAUAGAUUUCUCUACAAACACUUCCUGUG